AUGGGUGAUAUGAAUGCUAAGAUUAGAAAAGAGAACAAGGACAGAGAGAAAACAUUAGGAAAACAUGGUAUAGGAGAAAUACAUGAGAAUGGAGAAAAGCUAGUUGAAUUCUGUGAGAUGAAUGAGGAUGUGAUAGGAGGCAGUUUAUUUCCACAUAAGAACAUACACAAGGAGACAUGGCAAUCACCUGAUGGAAAAACAAAAAAUCAGAUUGACCACAUCAUGAUAAGUCAGAGAUGGAGAAGCUCACUACAAGACGUGAGAGUUAUGAGAGGAGCAGAUAUCAGCUCAGACCACCAUCUUAUCAUAGCCAAAGUUAAAAUUAAACUUGCAAAAGGGACCAAAGUCGAACAAAAACGUAUUAAGUAUAAUGUGGAGAAGCUCAAAGAUCAAUUCCAAAUCGAGCUCAGAAACAGAUUUGAAGUACUUAAAGAUGGACCAGACCUGGACAUAAAUAAUGAAUGGGAAGUGGGAAGAGAUAUCAUCAAGGAAGUGUACUUGAUAGAAAAACUAACAAAAAGAAAGAUUGGAUGUCACAUGGAAGGUGGGAUAAAGUAG